GUCAACAGCUUCCCAUCCUUGGAGCAAUCACAAGCCAACCUCGGGAACCGGAGGAAAGCGUCGGCAACUUCUCCCGUUACCCAUCAGAUGAUGUGUUAAGUGCUAAUAAGGCAACGGCCAUUGACUCGCCCGCCCUGAAGUGCUGGCAACUCGCAGCUAUCGAUCUGUACUCAGACGACACAGGGCACCACUCAAUUUAGGCUUGACGAGUUCAAGGGUGAAGGGCGAGGAAAAGAGGUCGCAGACGUCACGCAACGUUGGACAGUCCAGCAAACCAGAAGUCGCCAACAUGGCGCAGGACAACCGCAACGAUUCGGCGCCCGACUUGCGCAUCCUGGGCGACCGCAUUACGCUCCAGCCCAGCGGCUUUGUCGAGCCGGCGCUUACAGACGAAGGUAAGGAGGAGGCGCUCAUGAGAUAUGGCGCUCGCUUCCGGUCUGAGCCGUUGCGCUUCCUCCGCGAGGUAUCCCUCUAUGUCUCCGGCACCGGCUGGCGCGCCUAUGACGACGUCAUCGGCCAGCCCAUCUUCUACUCGGGCUUCUCGGAGCACAUCAGGGGCCAGGUCAUGUCGGCGACGCUGUUACAGGCCAAGAUCGCGCAGCUGGCAGACAUGCGCAUCGCCAUCGAGGAAAAGGAGGGCCUACUGAAUAAGAAUGAUGAGGAUUUCUGGGCGAAGCGCGCACAGCGCCGGUCGGUGCUGGUCCAGAGCCUGCAGGAGGUGGCCGAGAACAUGACGGACAACAUGAUCUGCAAAUUCGACAGCAAGCCGUUCAUCAGAGGCGCUUAUUACUUGGUAUCACAGCUGCUGUUGAGGGCGUACCAUCAGGGGAUCCACGUCUCGAGUGAGGAGGUGCUGCGGUUGCGGAGUGUGGCCGAAGAAGCAGCCCGCAAGAAGCAGAGCAUCAUCUUCUUGCCCUGUCACAGGUCCCAUGUCGACUAUGUCUCCCUGCAACUUCUCUGCUACCGGCUUGGCCUGGCGCUGCCAGUCGUCGUGGCUGGGGACAACCUGAACUUCCCGGUAGUUGGGAGUUUCCUACAGCACGCCGGAGCCAUGUACAUUCGCAGAUCCUUUGGUGAUGACCAGCUCUACACCGCAGUAGUCCAGACGUACAUCGAUGUCAUGCUUCAGGGCGGGUACAACCUCGAGUGCUUCAUCGAAGGCGGCCGCUCUCGGACGGGGAAGCUGCUCCCGCCCAAGUUCGGUAUCCUCAACUUCGUGCUCGACAGCCUUCUCUCCGGCCGCGUCGAGGACGCCAUCAUAUGCCCGGUCAGCACACAGUACGACAAGGUCAUCGAGACGGAGGGUUACGUUACGGAACUGCUGGGGGUGCCGAAGAAGAAGGAAAACCUCGCCGACUUUCUCACGAACGGGUCCAGUGUGCUCUCGCUCCGGUUAGGGAGAGUUGAUGUACGCUUCCACGACCCUUGGAGUCUCCGGGGCUUCAUCGACGAGCAACUCUCCCGGCUGUCGAAGGUACCAUCGGCGGUUAAGGUCGACUGGAAAGACAUGGAGAACCAGGUCGUGCGCCAGAAACUACUGCGGACGCUGGGGUACAAAGUGCUGGCCGAUAUUAACGCCGUGUCUGUGGUGAUGCCCACGGCGCUGAUCGGCACUGUUCUUCUCACGCUGCGCGGUCGCGGCGUGGGGAGAACCGAGUUGAUCCGCCGCGUCGAGUGGCUCACGGAAAGGAUCCGAGCCAAGGGAGGACGGGUCGCGCAUUUCGGCAGCGCGCCGUUGCCGGACGUGAUCGAACGCGGCUUGGAAGUGCUCGGCAAAGACCUCGUGGGCUAUGUUGAGGGGCUCGCAGAGCCGACGUACUACGCUGUCGACAGGUUCCAGCUCUCCUUCUACCGGAACAUGACGAUCCACCUGUUCAUCUCGGAGGCGUUGGUUGCUGCGGCCCUGUACACGCGCGUGAAGCAGGGAGGCGGACCGGCGAUCCAAGACAUUCCCUACCAGAACCUGUACGACCAGGUCUUCUUCCUCUCCUCGCUCUUCCGUGGCGAGUUCAUCUACUCGGGCGAAGGGCUAGCCACGAACUUGGAGAAGACAGUUCUCGGCUUGGAGGCGGACAACGUCAUCUUCAUCGAGAAGAACGAGGAGGGACAGAUCACCAAGGUCGGCCUCUCCGACGCCGAGAGAGCCGCGGGCCGAGAGAACUACGACUUUUACUGCUUCCUGAUCUGGCCGUUCAUCGAGGCCAGCUGGCUGGCUGCCGUCUCGCUGAUGGGCCUGACUCCGCCGCCGGGCCAGAAAGAUGACAUCUGGAUCCCGGUGUCCAAAGCACAAGAGAGCGCACAGUUGCUAGGAAAAACGCUCUACCACCAAGGCGACCUCUCCUACUUCGAGGCCGUCAACAAGGAGACGCUCAAGAACUCAUACCAGCGCUUCGAAGAAGAGGGCAUCAUCCAGGUCGUGAAAUCCAAGGACACGCGCAUCCCGCCGAGGCUGCGCAUCGCGCCCGAGUGGCGCCCCGGCCGCGACGAGAAGACGGGCAGGCUCCUGGCGUCCGGCCGGCUGUGGGACUUCACCGAGAAGAUUGCCUCGAGCCGGCGCGAGGGCAAGAACAGACGGGACGGGGCCACGGUGAGCACGCGCGUGAUUGGCCUGACGGACGCGCUGGGGAGGAAGCUGUUUGACGACGCCGUGAGGGGUGAUGAGGGGAAGGGGAAAGGGAAGGGCAAGGGUAAGAUGACCGCGCCGGCUAGGCUGAGUAGUGAGGAGGAAAAGAGCUUGAGCCGGAGCGUGUUGGAGCAGAGGAGACGGCGGAGAUUGGAGGGUAGGGCGCAUUUGUGAGUUUGGGUGGGACUUGAAGUUGGGUUAUGAUUUACUAGUAGCUUUUGUUUCGAUGACCUGUACAUGUAUGUGCGCGCAUUCUGCCCGGGAGGGGAUGGAGACGGUGAGCAUGUUUUGGCAGACUUGGUAAACAAAAGGGGUCCAAACCCCAGGCGUCAGGGAGUAGAACUGUGGUAGGAGGCUUAGGCCUUUUGAGUUGCAUAUUACAGACUGUAGUUAUUGUUAGACACAUCAAGGCUGGCAGAUACACGGGGAAUUGGGCUGCUUUGUGGGAGGCUAAGGUUUAUUUCGGGGCGUGGAAGAUCCAUCCCGCAUUUUGGGUGCUAUUAAAAUAAUUAGGUAGACAGACACCAGAAUAAUGCUUCUUGAACACGCUGCUUGCUCAAG